CAAACCCCUCAUCACUCCUCUCCCUCCAACUCUUCAAAGUUCAAACCGUUGAACAAAUCAAAGCUCUCUCAAAUUCAACAACAACAACAAUGAAGAAGACUUUGUUGCUCUCGGCUUCCCUCGCACGCUUCUUCCCUUUUCAACCCUUCAUUCCCUCCUUAAAUCUCUCCGCGCCUCGCUCCCUGCCGUACCCUGAAUUUCUCUCUCUGACCCGCUCCAUGUCUUCUUCCCUCGAACCCUCUCUCUCCCCGGCCGACCGGAGCGGCGACCCGACGGGCGCGUCUCGGUGUCGUCCGACGGGUGAGAUUCACGUCAUUGUGGGGCCCAUGUUUGCCGGGAAGACUACUGCUCUUCUUCGCCGUAUCAACUCUGAGUGCAACAAUGGCAGGAACAUCGCUAUGAUAAAGUCAAGCAAGGAUGUAAGAUAUGCUGUUGACUCAGUCGUGACACAUGAUGGGAUGAAAUUUCCCUGUUGGGCAUUGGCUAAUCUGUUGUCAUUUAAAGAUAAAUUGGGAGCUGAGGAAUAUAACAAGCUGGAUGUAAUUGGCAUUGAUGAAGCUCAAUUCUUUGAUGACCUAUAUGAUUUCUGCUGCAAUGCUGCUGAUUGUGAUGGAAAAACCGUAAUACUUGCUGGACUAGAUGGAGACUACAUGAGAAGGAGCUUUGGCUCGGUGCUUGACAUCAUUCCCCUUGCUGAUUCCAUAACUAAGCUGACAGCUCGGUGUGAGCUUUGCAGCAAGAGAGCCUUUUUUACAUUAAGGAAAACUGAUGAGACAAAGACGGAGCUGAUUGGUGGUUCUGAUGUCUACAUGCCUGUCUGCCGCCAACACUAUGUCGAUGGACAAGCUGUCAUGGAAGUGACGAGGACUGUCCUAGAAUCUUGUAGUGAAGUUCAGGCUGACUUUUAUCUGGAGGAAGUUGCAGUUGUUUAGUAAUGACAUUGGCUAUUUAGUCUUGAUAGUCUAUUAUUUGUUGGGCUUCUUUUUGUUUUAUCAGUUUUCCAUGCAACAUCUGGAAUUAGGAUUUCAAAAUGUUUGUAUCUUGUCCCUUCUCUUAUGUAUAUAUAGAAGGAAAAUUAUUGAUUGCGCUAUAAAACUUGGUACUUGACUA